GCCUCACGGAUGGUUCUCUCUAUAUUAUACCAAACCAAAAUGAAAGUAUCCAUGUGUGAAUUUCAUUUCUUGCAGACCCACCCACGUACCCGCUUCGUUUAUCACGUGGAUCUCUCUCUCUCUCUCUCUCUCUCUCUCUGUGGCAGCUUCUUCUACAUAACAGAGACAGAGCUUCUCAAAAAGUUGACAAUCUCACUGUAAGCUAUACCUAUCAUACAUAUUUCCUAAACACUCUUCUCCUACCGUGAGAGCUAUUAUCUAUUUCUCCCUCUCUCUCUCGCUCUCUCUCUCUCUCUCUCUCUCUAUAUAUAUAUAUUCCUUUAAACCCAUAAAUAGUUAAGAUAAUAUGUUGAAGUCUCCGGUGCUCAGGCCUGAGACUACUGUCCAUACCCUAGCGACGUGCCGGAAGCCGUUUGUCUCAGGCACCGGCAGCGCAUCCCCAGCCAUCGGGUUGAAGCCCGCAUUCUGUGAGAGGAACAAGAGCUCUCGGGUUCGAUUCGUUCCGAGAACCGUCAAGGCCAUGGUCGCCAUCGUCACCGAGCAGGCCCCCGUUACCGUCAAAGCCGUCAUCACCGUAAAAGUUGGAAGCUUUUUCAGAAACCUUUCGCUGAGCCGCCCACUCGACGACAUAACUGAUCUGCUCGGGAAAUCGAUCCUCUUGGAGAUGGUCAGUUCGGAGCUUGACCCCAAGACGGGAUUAGAGAAGGAAACAAUAAAGGCAUAUGCGCAUUGGAAGAGCGAAAAGAAAGGGGAAGUGAAGUAUGAAUGCGAGUUUGAGAUUCCAGAAGAUUUCGGGGAGAUUGGAGCCGUGCUGGUGGAGAACGAACACCACCGGGAGAUGUUCAUAAAGGACAUGACCUUCGAUGGAGAGGGAUGCCCCCAUGGCCCCGUCACUCUCUCCUGCAAUUCUUGGGUUGUUUCCAAGUUUGACAGUCCUCGCAAGAGAGUUUUCUUCACGAACAAGUCAUACUUGCCAUCCCAGACGCCACACGGGUUAAAGAAGCUGAGAGAGGAAGAAUUGGCAUGCAUUAGGGGCAAUGGGGAAGGAGAGCUGAAGAAACACGACAGGAUUUAUGAUUAUGAUGUGUACAAUGAUCUUGGCGAUCCUGAUAGCGAUCUCAAACUCAAACGACCCCCGCUUGGUGGCAAAGACCACCCCUACCCAAGGCGAUGCAGGACGGGUCGACCGCGUUGCAAGACAGAUCCGUUGUCGGAGAAGAGGAGCGAGUCAUUUUACGUGCCAAGGGAUGAGGCGUUUUCAGAGAUAAAAGAGCUAACAUUCUCGGCCAAGACUCUACACUCGUUGCUCCAUGCACUCAUGCCAUCGUUGAGCGCGGCCUUUGUUGACUCGGAGCUCGGCUUCCCACACUUCAUGGCUAUAGAUUCAUUGUUCAAAGAUGGGAUUAACUUGCCUCCUUCCAAACAUGGAUUAUUGAUGGAUAUCCUGCCGAGGCUUGUCCGCUUCAUUGGCGAAGUUGAGGAUGGUUUGUUGCGCUUUGAGACGCCACAAUUGAUGGAAAGAGACCAAUUUGCUUGGAUUAGGGACGAGGCAUUUGCUCGUCAGACUCUUUCAGGUCUAAAUCCAUAUAGUAUUCAAUUGGUCACAGAAUGGCCUUUGAAGAGCAAAUUAGACCCCAAAGUUUAUGGCCCUGCCGAAUCUUCCAUCACCAAAGAGUUGGUCGAGCAAGAGAUCAAAGGCUACAUGACAGUUGAAGAAGCCAUAAAACAAAAGAAGUUGUUUAUGCUAGACUACCAUGACUUGCUUUUACCCUACGUGAAAAAAGUAAGAGAAGAGGAAGGGACAACCCUAUAUGGAUCAAGGACUUUGUUUUUCCUCACGCAUGACUGCACAUUGAGGCCAUUAGCCAUUGAGUUAGCUCGACCCCCGAUAGAUGGUAAGCCUCAAUGGAAGCAAGUGUUCACUCCCACCUGGCAUGCUACAGGCCACUGGCUUUGGAAGCUAGCUAAGGCUCACGUUCUUGCUCAUGACUCUGGUUAUCACCAAUUAGUUAGUCAUUGGCUAAGAACUCAUUGCGUCACAGAACCUUACAUAAUAGCCAGCAAUAGGCAGCUUAGCGCCCUGCACCCAAUUUACAGGCUAUUGCACCCUCAUUUUCGAUACACGAUGGAGAUCAACGCGUUGGCUCGUGAAGCCCUUAUUAAUGCAAACGGCGUUAUUGAGACAGGUUUUUCACCUUCCAUAUACUCCAUGGAGCUUAGCUCUGCCGCCUACGAUCAACAAUGGCGCUUUGAUCUCCAAGCACUUCCAGCUGAUUUAAUUAGCAGGGGAAUGGCUGUGGAGGAACCAAAUUCUCCACAUGGGCUGAAGCUAGCAAUUGAGGACUACCCGUUUGCAAAUGAUGGCUUACUUCUAUGGGAUGCAAUCAAAGAAUGGGUAACACGAUAUGUAGAACACUAUUACCUAGAUGCAAGUGUUAUAGAAGGUGAUGAAGAGCUUCAAGCAUGGUGGACUGAAAUUCGAACAGUAGGGCACGAGGAUAAAAAAGACGAACCAUGGUGGCCAAUGCUCAAGACCCCCCAAGAUCUAAUAGGAAUUCUCACUACUAUUAUAUGGGUAACCUCUGGUCAUCAUUCAGCUGUUAACUUCGGCCAAUAUGCAUAUGGAGGCUAUUUCCCAAAUCGGCCAACCAUUGCGAGAAACAAAAUGCCAACUGAAGAUCCGACCGAUGAAAAGUGGAACGCUUUCAUUAAGAAACCUGAACUUACCCUCUUAGAAUGCUUACCUACUCAAAUUCAAGCUACGAAAAUUAUGGCCAUCUUGGAUGUGCUAUCGAAUCAUUCUCCAGAUGAGGAGUAUAUAGGAGGGCAGCUAGAGGAUUCAUGGGCAGAAAAUCCGGAGAUAAAGGCAGCAUUUGAGCAAUUUCAUGGGGAGUUAAUAAAUAUUGAAGGAGUGAUUGAUGCUAGGAAUGCGGAUAAGGACUUGAAGAAUAGAUGUGGAGCUGGGAUAUUGCCGUACGAGCUUUUGAAGCCAUAUUCAGAUCCUGGAGUAACAGGAAAGGGCGUCCCAAACAGCAUCUCAAUCUAAGAAGUAAAUGUAUUUUGCGUAUUCAAACGCAUGCAACAAUAAAAGUGAGAAAUAUUUUGACCAAUCAGUUGCAUGUAUUUUCUUUCUUUAAGUUAACAUAAUGUUUUCUUUUCUAGUGCUUUCAAAACUUUGCAUUUGUUAAAAAUUAUUGCCCUUUUGGAA